AUGGCCGGUGGUCGCCGCUCGCCGCCCGCUCGGUGCUGCCCGGGGCGGGUGGCCGUGCCCAGCGUGCACCAGAGCCUGCCCGAGAUGGACUUCGAGCGGGGGAUCUGGGCGGCGGCGCGGGACGGGGACGAGGCUCGGGUGCUGCAGCUGCUGGAGCGGCGCGGGGACCCCGCGGAGCCCGACCUGGCGGGGUACACGGCCCUGCACUACGCCAGCCGGAACGGGCACCUGGCGGUGUGCCGGCUGCUGCUGGAGCGGGGGGCUCCGUGCGACGCCCGCACCCCCGGCGGGGCCACCCCGCUGCACCGCGCCUGCUACUGCGGCCACCGCGCCGUCACCGAGCUGCUGCUGGCGCACGGCGCCGACCCCGCGGCCGCCGACGACGACGGCAGAACCGGCCUGCACAAGGCGGCGGAGCAGGGGCACCGCGAGCUCUGCGCGCUCCUCCUGCGGCAGCGGCCGGCGCUCGCUGCGCUCCGCGAUGCGCGGGGCCGGAGCCCGCGGGACGGGGCGCACCCGGCCGUCAGGGACCUGCUGGACGCCUGA